AUGGCUUUUUCUGGUGAUGUCGCUGUGACCAAGAUGCCCACUAUAGACCCAGCCAUUGUCCGCGCCUUACACCUCGAUGCCGACACGGCCCACAUCUCCGCCCACGGCGGCUCGGGCUUUGCAUCGACAUUCCGCAUCACCACAGCCACCACGUCCAUCUUCGUGAAGCAGUCCCGCUCACCCGGUGCGGAUGUUAUGUUUCAGGGGGAACACGCCUCGCUGAACGCCAUCCACGACGCCGUGCCCAGCCUGUGUCCCCAAUCUUAUGCCUGGGGACCGUUGGAGAGCGGUGGGGGAUACUUCCUCGCCACGGAAUUCCUGGACUUUAGUGGACGGCUAUCAUCAGCAGCAGCAGCGAGGACUAGAAGCAGCAGUGGCAGUGGCAGUGGCAUGUCUCUCGCCCAGAAACUCGCAAGGCUACACACGACUCCUGCCCCGGUCCCCGAAGGGUACGAUUCACCUCAAUUUGGAUUCCCGGUCACAACGUGUUGCGGAGACACGCCCCAAGACAACACAUUCACCUCAUCGUGGGCCGAAUUCUUCGGGGAACACCGGCUCCUGGCGAUCCUCGAGCAAGCCGAAGAGAAUAACGGGAGAGACUCGGAGCUGCGCCGGGUGGUGGAACGGACGGUCCACGAGGUCGUGCCGAAGCUGCUUGGGAGCGACCACCUGGGCGGCAAGGACGGCAUCAAACCGGUCGUGGUGCACGGCGAUCUGUGGUCGGGCAAUAAAUCCCAGGGCAGCUUCGUUGGCCGCCGCGACGAGACGACCCGCGAGGACGUGGUGUUUGACCCGUCGUCCUGCUACGCGCACAACGAGUACGACUUUGGGAUCAUGCGCAUGUUUGGCGGGUUUCAUACGUCGUUCUGGAAAGAGUACCACGAGCUGGUGCCGAAGACGGAGCCAGUCGGUGAGUACGAGGACAGGGUAUCGUUGUAUGAAAUCUACCAUCACCUCAACCAUUACGCCAUCUUUGGCGGCGGCUAUAAAUCUGGCGCCAUUGGGAUCUUGAAGAAGUUGGCUAUGGUGCGGAUAAAAGACGGGCGGAAGCCCAAGGCUCGAUCGAGUCCAGAUGAAAGUUAUGACCGUUACCAGUGGCCUCGAUGGCGCACCAUGUUGUUGUUCCUGAUUGCGGCCCUCUGCGUCGAGGAGGCGUUCAAAGACGGCUUUUACUACAGACCACACUUGUACCUGGCUUCUUUGAUCCCGUCCUCCUUCCUCUCCUUGGAUCAGCGUGUUUCGAGAAUCAUGGCCGCGACACCUCUGAUGGACGGCCAUGAUGACUUGGCAUGGAGCAUCCGCGCCAACUUCCACAACCACCUGUACGACCAGGACUUCCGGACCAAGUUCGAGGACGGCGGGAUGCCGGACCAUCUGGACCUGGCCCGGCUGAAGCAGGGCCGGCAAGGCGGGCUCUUUUGGAGUUGCUGGGUCGAGUGUCCCGCCGACAUCUUUGACUUUUCCAAUGAAAACUACGCUUCUACUAUCGUCCUGGCGCUGUCGCAGAUGGACCUCAUCCACCGCGUGCAGGCCGCCCACGCAGAUAUCUUUUCCCCCGCCACGCUGGACAGCAGCACGGCCCUGACGGCUUUCAGGCGCCAUGGGAAGCUGCUCUCCCCGAUCGGGCUCGAGGGACUCCACAUGAUCGGCCGGAAUGCGUCGAUGCUCCGCCUCUACCACCAGCUGGGGGCCAAAUACGUCACGUUGACCUGGAACUGCCAUAACGCUUUUGCCGACGCCGCGCAGCUAACGAUCGAGGACGACUCGCCGAACCCUGGAGCUGCUCGACCGGCAGCACCACAUUGGGGCGGUCUGAGUCCGCUGGGUACUCGACUUAUCCGGGAGAUGAAUCGGCUGGGCAUGAUGGUUGAUCUAUCCCACACCCAUCCGGCGACCAUGCACGACGUGCUCGCGGGCAACCAGACCAAGUUAUUCUCUGGAAGCCGGGCGCCCGUCAUCUUCUCGCACUCGUCGGCACACGCGCUGUGUCCUCACCCGCGCAACGUGCCGGACUACAUCCUGCCUCUGGUCAAGCAGACCGAUUCUAUCGUCAUGGUGACUUUCGUUCCGGAAUUUAUCUCCUGCGUCAACUCGAGCACCCCCAACACCCUGCCGACCUUCUACCCGGCCAACUCCACGCUGGAGUGGGUGGCCGACCACAUCAUGUACAUUGGCACGAAGAUCGGCUUCGAGCACGUCGGCAUUGGGAGCGACUUUGACGGCACCCCGACCACGCCCCGGGGGUUGGAGGACGUGAGCAAGUUCCCCGACCUGCUGAAGGAGCUCUUGAGACGGGGCCUCAGUGAUCGGCAAGUCGAGGGCAUCACGGGGGGCAAUCUGCUACGCGUGUGGAAGAGGGUGGAGGAGGUGGGAAAGGAGAUGCAGCGAGAGGGCGUGGCGCCUAUGGAGGACGACAUUUGA